CCUACGCUGGUGUGGCCGACCGUCACAAUGGCAGCAAGGACGACAUCGGUCCCGCGACUGGCGCUGCUGUUGCUGUUGUUCGUGGCCCUUGCAGCAGAGGCGUCCGCCGAACGCUUGCUGCGGGGAUCAGAUGAAAACACUGGCCCUGUUUUUCAACGAGCAAAAAGAUUUGUUAAACUUGGAGCUGGUCUGAGUCAUCAGUUUAACUUAGGUACUGGGCUUGAGAUUGGCCGUCACCCAGGACAUGGAAAUGGAAAUGGGUAUGGGUAUGGUUAUCCACCACCUCCGCCACCUCGUCAAUAUUAUGGCCACAUCCCUCUACCUUAUAGCUACAACAAUCAACCAUAUGGCUACAACUAUAAUUAUCCGAUUUAUCCAGCACCUUCACCUGUUAAUACACACAGUCAGUCAUAUAGUGAGGCAUCCAGUUCAGGCUUCGGAAAAAGUUAUUCUGGUGCCCAGCCAGUAGCUCAUGGGUGGUGGUCAAGAAAUCAUCAGGUACUUUAUUACCACCAGUUAUGUUUGGAAAGUAAGGGGCAGAGAUGCUGAAUCUUUGAAGAUUUGUGAAAUACUUAAUUCCAAGUGCUAAUAUUACUACUUACAUAAUUCAUCUUCCAGUUAAAUUACAUUGUUGUAAGAGUAAUAAUUAUAUGUGUAAUUUAUUUUCUAUAUUAACAAUUCAAAAUAAAGAAAAUUAUGCUGUGGCA